AUGCCGUUCGCCAUUAGCAUGCUCUGGUCGGCACCAGAGAUCAACCCCUACAACAAGAAGGCCACUUCCAUCCCUGUCCUGAACCCCAUUAACAAGUAUGGGCGUGUGUUUUUCUUCUCUUACCUGGGUUUCUUCAUCGCGUUCUGGUCAUGGUACGCGUUUCCACCUCUGCUGAGUAAGAGUAUCAAGGCGGACAUGCAUUUGUCGCAGAACGAAAUCGCCAACUCCAACAUCGUCGCGCUAUGUGCAACACUACUGGUCCGCUUCAUUGCGGGACCUAUGUGCGAUCACUUUGGCCCACGCGUCACCUUUGCAUCGCUGCUAUUCGCUGGAGCUAUUCCAACCGCUCUUGCUGGCACUGCUCACAAUGCAAUGGGUCUUUAUUUUAUCCGUUUCUUCGUCGGUAUUCUUGGCGGAACUUUCGUGCCCUGCCAAGUUUGGACUACCGGCUUUUUCGACAGGAACGUCAUUGGAACUGCCAAUGCUUUGGUCGGAGGUUGGGGUAACUCUGGUGGUGGCAUCACAUACUUCGUCAUGCCCGCCAUCUACGAUUCACUCAAGGCUGACCAGGGUCUCUCCUCUCAUGUCGCAUGGAGAGUAUCCUUCAUUGUUCCCUUCAUCAUGAUCACAGCCUGUGCCCUCGCUCUUCUACUGCUGACCGAUGAUACGCCUACUGGAAAGUGGUCUGAGCGUGGUGCUACCGUCGUGUCCAAUGCAGACCAGACAGUGGGCCACCACGCGUCUGUUGUUCCUACAACUGGAGCUCUGGACGACAAGCCUGCGACUACCGGGUCGAUCUCCUCUAGUGACGAGAAGAAGCAAGAGCGACCAAACUCCGAUGUCGAGUCCGGUCGCGGCGAUGUCCAAAUCAUGGACGAGUUCCAACACGAAGUUGUCGUCAAGCCUACUUUGAAGGAAGGACUCAAAGUCAUGUUCUCGCUCCAAACACUGAUGCUUUGCUCGGGCUACUUCUGCUCUUUCGGUGGUGAAUUGGCCAUCAACUCCAUUCUUGGUGCUUACUAUUUGAAGAACUUCCCCUACCUUGGUCAAACGCAGUCUGGACGAUGGGCAGCCAUGUUCGGUCUUCUGAACAUUGUUACCCGACCACUCGGUGGCUUUACCGCCGAUCUCAUCUACAAGGUCACCGGUCGCAACCUUUGGGCGAAGAAGUUCUGGAUUCACUUCGUCGGUGUCAUGUCUGGAAUCCUUUGCAUUGUCAUCGGUAAACUAGACCCACACAACUUGAGCGAGCUGAUUGGUCUUGUCGCUGUCAUGGCGAUCUUCUUGGAGGCUGGUAAUGGUGCUAACUUUGCACUUGUACCUCAUAUCCACCCUCACGCUAAUGGUAUCCUUUCUGGUAUUGUCGGCGCGACUGGUAACUUUGGUGGUAUCAUCUUCGCCAUUAUCUUCCGCUACCACAAGACGAAUUAUGCGCAAGUGUUUUGGAUUAUUGGCAUCAUGAUCAUUGUGCUUAACUGCAUGUUCAUCUCGCUCAUCAAGACCCUCGUGGAGGCAGAGGCAAGAGCAAAAGCAGAGACCAUCACUCCCAAGACUGCAAAGAAGAACGAGCUUUAUUGUCAAGUCAACGAGAUGGCUGCUUUAACAAGUAUUCAAGCUUUCCAAUUCUAUAGCCCAACUGGAAUACAUGUACCUCCCCAAUACGAUCGAGCCUUCAUCAUCACAUCGACCAGAUUCCUCCGACGCGCAGCCAAGACAGAGGUUCUGGAGGAGUCGUCCACGCUGUUGGAAGACGUCGAGAUGCAAAUCGGCGAGACAGUCGUCGAUACGGACACAGCGAAUGAAGAUGUGGAAGCUCCACAGGUACGCGACUUGCUGGAAGCCAUCGUCCAAGAGCUAGAAGCUAUCCACGGACAGUAUCUGAAGGACAUGCAGUUUCUAAAGAGCUACUAUGGAGGAUCACACUUGACCGCCGACUCCCUAGAGGUGGUCAUGGCUCGACUGGCAGCAACUGCUGAUCUCGAUACUGCUAGAUUGAGCAUCGCUCAAAUGUUCCAUCAAGUUGUUGAAGAGGUCGCCGUAGCUGGAACCGACUUCCCCCGAAGAUCGCGCGACUUCUCUAAGCCACUGAGACAAUGCAUGGAUAGUCUCGACGACGACGAUGACGAAGAUUAA